AUGUUUCGAAAGAGUAUUGGAUUGGGGCGAUGUAGUUGUAGGCUAUUAUCGACAAGAGCGGUAGAUGUCAAGGCAAAUGUCAAGGCAAAUGUCAAGGCAAAUGGUAAGGCAGAUGGUAAGGCAGAUAUCAAAGCAGAUGGUAAGGCAGAUGGUAAGACAGAUGGUAAGGCUGUAGAGUUCCAAUCCUCGACUAACUCAAAUCAGGCGAUUUCCACUAGACAAUUGUUGUACAUGACAGACGAAACUUCGCCGGGAUCGAUAUUUUUCCUACCGCACGGAACCAGAAUACUCAACAAGCUUGUUCAAUUCAUGAAAAACCAACAGCUCAAGUAUGGUUUUCAAGAAGUAGUAACACCUUUGAUAUUCAAAACAAAACUAUGGAAAAAAUCAGGUCAUUGGGACAAUUAUAAAGAUGAUAUGUUCAAAGUUAUUGGAAACGAUUUAUCCAGGGAGGAGAAAGAGUCACACACACCAGAGUCUUGUUCUUUUAGUGAAGAGCAUGAGUAUGGCUUGAAGCCAAUGAAUUGUCCUAGCCAUUGCAUUAUGUUUUCCAGAUUUGAGAGGAGCUAUAAUGAUCUACCUGUGAGAUAUUCGGAUUUCAGCUCCUUGCACCGAAAUGAAGCGAGUGGAGCGUUGAGUGGUUUGACAAGAGUACGAAGGUUUCAUCAAGAUGAUGGGCAUAUCUUUUGUGAGAUGAAACAUAUAGACCAAGAAAUUAGAAACACCAUUAACUUGAUAAAAGAUACCUAUGCCGUUUUUGGUAUUGAUGACAUUGAGUAUUACUUAUCAACGAGGCCCCAAGAAAAGUUUAUUGGUGAUAUUGAGACAUGGAACGCUGCUGAACAACAAUUGAAGACAGUAUUGAAUGCAACAACAACAACAACAACAACUAGACAAGGAGAAGGACAAGGAAGAAGCUGGAAAAUACGUGAGGGGGACGGAGCCUUUUAUGGUCCAAAAAUUGAUGUACUAUUGACUGACGCGUUUGAAAAAAAACAUCAGGUUGGUACAAUUCAAUUAGAUUUUCAAUUACCUAAAAGGUUUGAACUUAAAUACGUUACCGAAGAUGGCGCUAAGGAUAAUCGACCUAUUUUAAUACACCGAGCAGUAUUUGGAUCACUUGAGAGAUUCUUUGCUAUUUUGUUGGAUCAUUAUCAAGGCAAAUGGCCAUUUUGGAUAAAUCCCAGGCAGGCAAUAGUGAUACCAGUUAAUGACUCACACGUUGAGAAAGCAGAGGCAUUGCAAAAAAGACUAUGCGGGGAUAUCUUCAAUUCAACCGAUGCUAUAUCUCCAUUAACUGGAUACAAUUUUUAUGUUGAUGUAGACAAACGGCCAGCAACAGUAGGGCUCCGCACAAGAGAAGCUAUUCAAAAGGGUUACUCAUAUAUUAUCUUACUAGGGGACAAAGACAUUGCGAAUGGAACAUAUGCAGUAAGAACGAGGGAUGACCGCAGUAUUACAAACAUGACAGGUGACCAAAUAUAUGAAAAAUUUAUAGAAUUAGAAAAAUCGUAUAAAUAG